AUGGCUGAGGAGCAGAAAAAGACGUUAGAAGACUCCAUCGCAGACUAUCAGGAGUCGGAGGAUGAAGAUUACAACCCAGACGCUAAUGACGACGAUAAUGACGAAGAGGAGGAGUUUGAAGAUGAACCAAAAUAUCGACAGCUUGAGUCCGGAGGUUUGAUCCAGACUCGAAGGCAAAGGCAGGAGGAAAAGCGCGAGAAAGUAUACGAGAAACCGGCUGAGUCCACAAUUGACGUCGAAUCCAUAUGGAAGGAGCUCAAUAAGCCAAAGGAACAGCCUAAAUCGGAACCGAAAAAGGACUCGUCGUCCCCAUCGUCGACAGAAUCCCCAGACACAGAGAAGAUAAAGAUUACUAGAACGUAUGAAUUUGCCGGCGAGAUGGUAACAGAGGAGAAAUGGGUGGAUGCCAACUCGGAAGAAGCUCGCGCGCAUUUCAACUCCACAAAGCUCAAGGAGUCCAAGGAGUCGAGUCCUGAGAAACUGCCAAGAAAGAAAGCACCUAAACGUAAAAGAGCCAGUCUUUUGGAUGACGUUAUUAAUAAUGCCUCUAGUGCCAAACUAACAACAUUGGAGAAAUCGCGACUCGAUUGGGCCACCUACGUGGACAAGGCGAAGAUCGGAGAUGAGCUGAAGUUUGAAAACAAGGGUGGCUACCUGGACCAACAGGACUUUUUGUCAAGAGUUAGCCACAGACAGGACAAAAACUACAAAGAAGCCAAGAAACAAGGCUGA